CCAGGUUCGUCGGUGAAGGCACCAAUGGAAAUGGGGAGCAGCAGCACUGAGAAGUUUUAUAGGAUCCCCAAAGGAAAGGGACCGCACUCGGUUGGAUGUACAGACCUGAUGACAGAAAAUGCAGUGGAGGGCAGCUUCUUGCGCCUGUAUUAUCCAUCAUGCGAUGCGACAGAUAAUGAAGAGGCACUGUGGAUUCCAGAUAAAGAGUACUAUCAGGGACUCUCUGACUUCCUUAACCUGUACCGAGUUGUAGGAGAAAGGCUUUUCCAGUACUAUGUUGGUUCAGUGACCUGUCCUGCAAAGUCAAAUGCUGCUUUUAAGCUGGGAGAAAAAUACCCACUCCUCGUUUUUUCCCAUGGACUUGGAGCUUUUCGGACUAUCUAUUCCGCUAUUUGCAUAGAGAUGGCUUCCCAGGGCUUUAUAGUGGCUGCUGUGGAGCACAGAGAUGAAUCUGCUUCAGCAACGUAUUAUUGCAAAAAAAAGUCCAUUUCCGAACCACAGGAAGAGUCUACAUCAAACAUGGAGAAGGAGUGGAUCUACUACAGGAAAUUAAAAACUGGCGAGGAAGAGCGCUGUUUGCGCCAUAAGCAGGUGCAGCAAAGAGCGCAGGAGUGUAUCAAAGCUCUCAACCUCAUUCUUAAAAUCAAUUCAGGAGAGGAAGUAAUGAAUGUACUAAAUUCAGACUUUGACUGGAAUAGCCUAAAGGAUUCUGUUGAUACUAGCAGAAUAGCUGUGAUGGGACACUCUUUUGGUGGUGCUACAGUUAUUGAGAGUCUCAGCAAAGAAAGAAGAUUCAGGUGUGGCAUUGCCCUCGAUGCAUGGAUGCUUCCAGUAGGUGAUGACAUUUACCAAAACAGUGUCCAGCAACCGCUGCUUUUUAUCAACUCUGAAAAAUUCCAGUGGGCUGAUAAUAUCUUAAAGAUGAAGCAGCUCAGCUCCAAUGACACAAACAAGAAAAUGAUCACUAUCAAGGGGUCAGUACAUCAGAGCUUUCCUGACUUUACCUUUGUGAGUGGAGAAAUCAUUGGAAGAUUUUUCAAAUUAAAAGGAGAAAUAGAUCCAAAUGAAGCUAUUGAUAUAAGCAAUCAUGCUUCAUUGGCCUUCCUGCAGAAACAUUUGAGUCUUAAGAAAGAUUUUGAUAAGUGGGAUUCUCUUGUGGAUGGCAUAGGACCCAAUGUUAUUCCUGGUACCAAUAUUGACUUGUCUCCAGCUGAACCUGAAUAAGGAAUACAAAGAAGUACUGAAAAUGCCACGGACAUCAGGACACUAAUGUUGGCCAGACGUUGCUCAGACAUGUGAUAGCAUUGGCCACCUACACAGCUUUUGGGGUGUGAAACAAUAAAAACAUAAGGCAUUAGGUUACAUUAUC